AUGAAACCUGCAGGUGUUUUCGGUGCGUUGGAUUAUCUAGUUUUCUUUGCCACAAUAAUUAUUUCAUUUGGAAUUGGAGUAGUUUUUGCUGUUCUUGAUAGAAAGAAAAACACGCCCGCGGACUAUUUUCUUGCUGGAAGAUCUUCAAGAACAUGGCCGGUAGCUCUUUCGUUUGUAGUUACAUUCCAGUCGUCUUUAAUGAUACUUGGAUUUCCAGCUGAAGGAUAUGCUUAUGGAAUCGGAAUAGCAUACUACGGAAUUGGUGCAAUUUUUGCGUACACUUUCGCAGCAAUAUUUAUUGUACCACUUUUUCAUCCUUUGAGACUAACAAGCGUCUAUGAAUACUUUAAUCUUCGGUAUGGUAACAACGUUUUGCGAUAUGUUACUUUAACGGCAGGCAUUGUGUACAGUGUAUUUUACAUGGCCUCAGUGACUGUUGGCACGUGCAUUGCUUUAGAAGUUGUAAUGGGUAUUCCUUUUUGGGGAACAAUCAUAAUUUACACGACUGUAACUGCAAUAUAUACAUCAGUUGGAGGAAUAAAGGCAGUUAUCUGGUCCGACGUUUUCCAGCUUAUUAUCAUGGUAACAGGAAUAAUAGCGGUUUUGGUCAAGACGAGUGUAGAUGCAGGAGGAUCCGAAAAAACCUUCGAAUAUGCCAAUGAUAGACUUGAUAUUGCAGACUUUCGUCUUGAUCCAACGAUAAGAUAUCAGUUUUGGAAUGUAAGUUUUGGAACAUUUAGUAUAAUGUUGUAUGUUUGUUACAUGCAGCCAGCCAUGCAAAGAGUGUACACUACUCCGACAGUUAAGACUGCUCGUAAUUUGUAUUUGAUUACAAUGCCAUUCUAUUCUUUAUUUAUGGUCAUGGCUGCUCUUGAAGGCGCAACGAUAUUUGCAUAUUACGUUUCAAAGCGUUGUGAUAUCCUGGGUGCAGGAAUAGUGUCAAAUGUAAACGAAAUCCUUCCAUUUACUGUUCUUGAACUUUUCCAACACCAACCUGGAUUGUCUGGUCUAUUCAUUGCAUCCUUAUCAAGUGCAGCACUUAGUACCCUGUCAUCUUGUCUGAGUAGUCUGUCUGCAGUGACAUACGAAGACAUUAUCAAAGUGAAAUUUCCGGGUAUGCAUCCAUACAGAGCAACGAAAAUAUCUAAAAUUAUCGUUUUAAUGUAUGGCCUUGUUUCAAUGGCGCUGGCCUUUGCAUUAUCACAGAUUCCAGGGUCUGUGACAGAAGUUUUCGCUAGUCUUGUUGGCUGUUUGGACGGUCCAGUAUGUGCUAUAUUUGUAUUAUCAGCGAUGUUCAAACGUGCGACAACAAAGGGUGUGUGUAUAGGGGCAGUUUGUGGAAUGAUUGUUUCUUUAUGGAUAAAUAUUGGUGGAAUGACCUCUGAUCUACCUGCCUAUCCCUUUUUACCAUCUGGACCUACUGAUCAAUGUCAUAUUUUUGAAGAAGAAUCAAGUUAUAACCUGUCUAUUUCAAUUGCGAAAUCUACAGAAAACGCAACUUACAUAACCCUUGGUGGAAAUAUCACAACAUCAACGUCGCAAGCAGAUGUAAUCUCGGACAGUUCUCUCGGACUGAUUGACUCAGGGGAACACAGUGAGGCGCUCGAGUUGUGUGAGACUGCUAAGAAAAAGAUUGAACGUCGCAAUAAACUGAUAAAACUGGCAGACAAGUCACCUAGUAGUUGGUUGACUGUACACGAAUAUGAGCAAGACGAUUUAGCCAGCGAUGAUGAGGAUUUAAAGAGAAUUAAAAAGGCUGAGAAAGCAGCUGCGUCCAUUAUCAAACAGCGCAAUGAAGCAAAGAAAGCGAACAGAAGGUUCAUAAAUGGUAAGUUUAGUUUAGUCAGUUGA